GAUAUUUUUAUUCAUUUGCAUGGUCUAAUCAAAAUAAAAAUCGGAGGAAGAGAUUUUUUCCAUUCUCAUCGGAAAUAAUUAAUUCACGAUCCAACCGGAAAAAAAUAUAGCAGAGACGAAGAAAUCUGAGUUAUAUAUAUAUGGCUGAUAUAUGUUACGAGGACGAAACGUCGGCUUGUGAAUCGAGACCGUCUUGGUCUAGCCGGAAGUGGAGGAUCGGUGUUCAACGAUUCAGGGUCUCUCCACCGGCGGAGAAGAUGAAUCCCACGGAGGCAAUGGACGAAGAGAAGCCGGAAGGGGUUUACAACAAGCGAAACAAACAAGACGACUACGAUUUUAUGAACUGUGCGUCGUCGUCACCUUCUCGAAGCUCUCCGGAAGAGAGUGUUGAAGACAGUACUGACGUCUCCAUGAUAAACUCAUCGGUGAAUAGUAGUUGUAUGGUUGUUUCUGCUAAGAAGACGGUGAAAGAGACGGAUCUGAGGCCGAGGUACGGCGUCUCGUCGGUGUGCGGGAGAAGAAGAGAUAUGGAAGAUGCCGUUGCGAUUCAUCCGUCUUUUGUACGGAAACAAACCGAGUUUUCUCGAACGAGAUGGCACUAUUUUGGUGUUUACGACGGCCAUGGCUGUUCUCACGUUGCGGCGAGGUGUAAAGAGAGGCUUCACGAGUUAGUUCAAGAAGAAGCGCUUUUAGAUAAGAAGGAAGAAUGGAAAAAGAUGAUGGAACGUAGCUUCACGCGCAUGGAUAAAGAGGUUGUUCGUUGGGGUGAAACUGUGAUGAGUGCUAAUUGUAGAUGUGAGCUUCAGACCCCUGACUGCGACGCCGUUGGAUCCACCGCCGUUGUCUCCGUCAUUACCCCGGAGAAGAUUAUUGUCGCUAACUGCGGCGAUUCUAGAGCAGUUCUUUGUCGGAAUGGUAAAGCAGUGCCUCUGUCUACAGAUCACAAGCCGGAUCGUCCGGAUGAGCUGGAUCGAAUCCAAGAAGCAGGAGGGCGAGUGAUAUAUUGGGAUGGUGCAAGAGUCUUAGGCGUUUUAGCCAUGUCACGAGCUAUAGGAGACAACUACUUGAAACCGUACGUGACUUCGGAUCCGGAAGUGACGGUAACGGAUCGGACGGAAGAAGAUGAGUUUCUGAUUCUAGCAAGUGACGGGUUAUGGGACGUAGUGACGAACGAGGCCGCGUGUGCGAUGGUGCACAUGUGUUUAAAUAGAAAGGGUGGUCGCGGAGGAGGACGACGGCGAGGAGAAACUCAAACUCUGGGGAGGAGAAGCGAAGAAGAAGAAAGUAAAGAGGAGGAGGAGGAGGUGGUGGGGUCAAGAAAGAACGGGAAGAGAGGAGAGAUCACGGACAAAGCAUGUACGGAGGCGUCAGUAUUGCUGACGAAGCUGGCGUUGGCAAAACACAGUAGUGACAACGUAAGCGUCGUCGUUGUUGAUCUCAGAAGAAGAAGAAAGAGACACGUAGCUUGACACUAAUCUCCUAUUCACUCUACUCCACCGUCUUCUUUUUUUUAUUUUCUCUGUUUAAAAUGAUUCUUUUUCCUUGGGACGAAGGUAGCUCAUAUCUUCUCCGAACCUAAAAGAGAGAAAAGAUAAUGGCAAAGCAUUGGUUGGAAAAAAUCUAUGCCCCGGUUUAAAAAAAAAAACCGAUAAACCAGAGUGGUAUAGUUGGGUGUUUCUUUUUGUUCUAAACCAUUUUUUUUGUUUACUUUUUUUUUUUACAUGGUGUAAUGAACAAACAUAAAAAGGAAAGAUGUGAUGUGCCAUGUGUCACUGUCUAGGUAGAAUCAGUUCAAAAUUCAAUUAAUAAAAAGUGAUGUACAUAUUU